AUGAACAACAACAAGAAGAAGACCACGCUCACACCUUCACAAACAAGAGUGGUGGAGUAUCCAUAUAGACCGGCUACUACAUUGAAAGUCAUUGCUGGUCCUGGAUCAGGAAAGACAUUGACGUUGUUACAUAAGGUUAGACAUCUAAUACUGUCGGGCCAAGUAAGACCCGAUGAAAUUCUUAUCCUGUCAUUGACUAAUAAAGCUGUAGACACUAUUACUUGCAAUUUAUUAUCCACAUUCGAAGAAGGUAAUUUAUAUGAAAGUAUUGAUAAUCAAUUGAAAUUAGAUGAAUUGAAGGAAAUUGUGGAACAAAUUGGGAUUUAUACCAUUCAUGGGUUAGCUAAUAGAGUGGUUAUUGAAAAUGAAGGGAUCGUGACAAUUAUUGAAGAGAAUGGCUGGAGAGGUCUAUUGAAAUUGUUACCUUCUGAUUUCUGGCAAAGAAAUAGACGAUCAUUGAAUAAUAAUAUUAAUGGAUUGACAAGACAAUUACAAAAAAUUUUGCAAGAGUAUAAAGGGAGAAACGAUCAAAAAUUAGAUAUUGGGAAAAAUGGUCAAGUUAUUGAGAAACUGGUACAAAUCAUGAAUAGUGGGAAAGUGUUCACUAAUGAUGAUUUGAUAUUGAAAGCAACACAACAUUUGGAAAGUCCCAUCACACUUGAACUAGAUAAAACAACAAUGAAUGUGGAGGGCAAAGAAGAUGAAGAAGGAGACGCAUCUUUCACUGAGAAAUUGUUAUCAAAAUAUAAAGUAGUAUUGAUCGAUGAAUAUCAAGAUCUAUAUCCUUCUUUACUUCCCAUUAUUGAAAAAAUAUCAAAAGGGAAACAAUUGCUAAUGUUCGGUGAUACCAAUCAAAGUAUUUAUGGAUUCCUUGGAGACAAUGAAAUAGUUAUGAAAUCGUUAGACAAUUUACAUGAAAAGGAAAAAUCGGAAACAUUACAUCUUUAUGACAAUUUUAGAUGCACACCGGAAAUCAUUUCAUCAGCGAACAAGAUUAUUUCAAAUGCAAAUCAUCUCCAUAACACACAUUCCACAGCAAAAGAUUUAAUCUUAAAACCACUAUCAAAUUACGAGCCACAAGUACAUGAAAUUGAUGAUCCUAUUGAUGAACUAGAAACUAUUGUAGACCAAAUUAUUCAACAUGUGUGCUCUGGAGCGAAAUUCUCUGAUAUUGCUAUCUUAUCACGAACCAAUAAUCAUAUCCAAUCGAUCGCAGAUCAUUUAACUUCUUAUGGAAUUCCUUUCGAAAAAUUAACUAUACAACCUGAUUGGAUUAACGAUAUAAGAAUACAAUUUAUACUAGAUCUAAUGAAAAUGAUCAUGCUAUCCUCUAGGGAAAGAUUAGAAUCUAUUAAUGAUGGUCAACAUACACAUAAGUGGCAAAGUGAUUUCAAUGUAAUCGUCACACUAAGUUCCAUUAAGGGGAUUGGUAAUCAAUCUUUACAAACCCUUUAUUCUGAUUGUAAUAGAGAAGGUAUUUCACUUUGGAAAUACAUUUCAGAAAUACCGAAAAGUAAAUGGAAUCCUAAAAUUUCAAAUAAGAAAAAAAUUGAACAAUAUACCACUUUAUUAAAACCAUGGAUCGAAUCUGAGAAGAUAUGGCAAAUGGAUAAUCCCGGUGAAAUAUUAAAAAUAAUUAUAGAUAUAGUCUAUCAGUUAGACUAUGACCCUUUAAAAUUCAAAACUAAUCAAGAAAUGAAGAAAUUUAGAAAUAAUUUGGAAGAAAUGUUUAAAAUAAUGAAAUUAUCGAAAUUCAACCAACCACAGGACCAAUGCUUCGUUGAAUGGUUUCUUGAAACCUGUUUUGAACAAAGUAUAAUAUUUCAUAGAGCAAAAUUAGAAACUGAAACAAAUCCUGAAAGUUUAGGUUCAAUAAAAUUAUCAACAAUUCAUUCUUCAAAAGGUUUGGAAUUUCCUAUCGUCAUCUUAAGUAAUGGACCAUUCGGUUUAUCCUACCCUAUUGAUGAUAAAAGUUUAUAUGUUGGGAUGACAAGAGCUAGGACUCUUUUGAAUAUUAUUAAUACGAAACACCCUAAUUUAUCUAAACCAAUAAAGUCGAAAGUAGCAUUAUUAUCAUCUUCUUCUCCGCUCGAAACAUCACCGUUGUUAGCUAAUAAACAAUUUUGGGAAUACUAUAAUAACGAUCUUAGAAGAGAUAUUAGUAACCUUCCAUCGUUUGAUACAAAUAUGGCAAGAUAUAAAAUGUUACAAACCAAAUUUGGAAUUAAUAACGGUAGAUCAUUUUCGACUCUAUGUAGCAAAACUAUAUCAUUAACUAAACGGUUUUUAUGA